ACUUGAUCAAGUUGUGUUCUUACUCACUCAGGCUAGUACUAGCAGCUCCACUGAACUCUCUGCUGGUACUUAGCCUGAUGCGAAUAGAAUGACAGCGUCACACAGCCACUUUUCCAUAACGAAGUCACAUCAUGCACCAGGAAAUGUAUUUAACCUGGGUGUCCAUAAUGCGUGCACUUUGUGUCGUUCUCCAUUUCAAGGUUUCUUUUAUUCUGGCAUCCCCAAAACGAACUCUCCUCAGUCUCUCAAUCUGAAGACCAAGUUCUCCUUGUAUUUCUAGCCCGAGCCUCUCUUCAUUUGAGACUAGCCUUCCUGUCCCUGCCUCCCAUGGAAGCUUCUUCCAAACCGACGAAUGAAAUUUUGCAUUCAUAUGACACACUCCCAUAUGACCAGGACUUUGACUUGAUGAUAUCUGAUGCGAAGUUCACUGCUGAUACUAGAACCGAUUUCUACGACCGAAGUCUGACGAGCCGCAAAUAUGCCCUUGUUGGAGUGGCAUGCUCGAGUAUCUUCGGCUGCUUAUGCAUCAUUGCAAGCAUCGUCAUUUUAGCCAUUUACGGAGUCUCGGGAGUAGCCACGACCAACACAGCCCUUGAUUUUACUCUGCAAGUGCUGAAGGAGAUACUGCCAAUAAUUGUCACGUUGUGCACCGAGUCCAUAGGCUUCGUACACGGCAUUUCAUUGCGCUCUGCGCUAGCCUCAGAGUCUCGACUUCGUUUCAACACCAAUCUCCGCCUUCUGACUGCAGCUCGAGGGUGCUCGGCCUCACUCGUCAUAUGUUUUGACUUUUCCGUGGAAAAUUGGGGUCUUCAACCUGCCAUCGCAGGGGUACCUCUCCUCAUUUUGGGCGUCGCACUUCUUCUCCAGGUGAUGAUCGCAUUGUCAGCAAUGAGGGCUGUCAAAAUAUUGACAUGGAGCUCCUCGCCUUUCGACUUGACCGCCGCACUAGUUCACCACACCCAAUUGACCCCUGAUACUCUCCGGUGCAUGCGUUGUGUGUCUGACAUGGACACAUAUGGAGGUCCAACGAAGCCACGAGAGGUACAGCCCUCUGCGUGGCAUGCUCACCCUAGCAUCCGGAAAGUUGUCAUUUCUCUAUGGUGGCCCAUCUCACAUCCAACGGCCAAUGCGCUGACCUCACAAACGUGGUCGUUCUCGCCCCAUUCGCAGUCCAAUUUCAUCGUGUAUGAUGCACCUGGUGUCAAUGUUGGGACGUGGGCUGUACUCUUUGUCAGCAUGGCCGUUUUCCAGGGACCGUUGACACUCGGGCUGCAUUGCUCGGAGCUCAUCGCGAAUGUCAUUCGAGACGAAAGACAGUGGAGAUGCGCUACUGGAAGGAAAGGGCUUAGAACGGCGACGAACCCGGUGAAGACGAUUGUCACUCAUCCGAUCUGUCUCGUACUUUUCCUCGCGAAGCCUUUCCUGCACUGGAUGUUUGGGCAAUCAUUCACGAUAUCUAAUCCCGUCUAUGAAGGGACACUACUAGUAAAAGGACCGUGGGUAUUCAUGUUCACUGCUCAGGUUCGCACUUACUGCCUAUGUAAAACUGCUACGACACCCUCACACCCUCGUGCAGAUUGGAACUUAUGCCUUGCACUCUUUAUAUUUGCCUGCUUCUUCACUUUCGUCGCACUGCGCCGACCGCGUGGUCCCCAGCCUGCUGCAUACGGCCACGUCCAGACCCUCGCCAACCUCGUGGACGAGUGGUCGUCUGUGAUGUGGUGGGGACACAAGAAGGACGGAAUUCCGUACUGUCAUGCUGGGACGAGCGAUCACCCGCUGCCGGAUGUGAAGAUGGACUGCGUUUAUGCUGGUUCCGGUGCUGAGUCUCGGGUACCUUUCUCGUGAGAGGUACUUGCUUUGCUUUUUAAAGGGAAU